AUGACCGAUAAUAUCAUUAACUUGAUGGCGAGGAUAUUGUCCGAAACUUUUUCACCAACCUUUAGACUUCUGUAUCUAAAACAGGUGGUCUGGUGCAGUGAAAGGAGCGCCCGAGAAGUGCAGCGUAGUCGGGGCUGCCCAGAAGACGAAGGGGGAGGCUUGGGGUGCGGGGCGGGGGGGCACCGUCUAGACGGGCCGCAGACGCGGCGGAGGCUGCGCCGCGCCCGCCGCUCACGGCUCACCCACACAGCGGCGCGCUGCAUCGCCGGAUUUCACCACACCGAUGCAAUUGCGCAGUCGAUCGGUGGCCAGCCCGAGCAGGAAGUCAGCGCUUUUUUACCUCCGCGGUCGGCCGGGGCGUCGGGUUGCGGGCGUCCGAGCCGCGCCCCGUUUCAACACGACGCGAGCAACUCGCCCGUCCGAGCCGCGGGCUUAGAGCCGCGAUUGCUUAGUGUCCAGCCGCUCUCUUUCAAGUCUCUCAAGCCGCUCUCUUUCAAGCCGCUCUCUUUCAAGCCGCUCUCUUUCAACUCUCUUUUAGAGCUACCUGAGUUCAAAUUCCGGCCAAAAACCAAACGCUACCACACG